UUAGAUGGAACUGAUAAUAAGGAUAAAUUUCAAUCGCGCAAGAGACUUCUUUUAAUUAACAGUCUUUAAGUAAAUGAAAUGAAAAUGUAUCAAAGAGUGAGAAUAGUUAAUAGUGAAAAUGUCAUGAAAUUGAAAGGUGAAAGUUUCCUUUAAAGUUAAGCGUAGGAUCGAUAAUAAGCACUGCUCUCGUGUGAAUGUAUACUAAGUGGCUCAAGGCCAGUCACAUUGUUUUCUGUGUAAAACGUAAAUAAGGCAAUAGCAGAUAACCGGGGAUCAGCAAGGUGUAGUAUAUAAGACUUUAUAGUGGUAUUCUUAGCUCUAUUCACUAUAUUGUAUAUUCUUUUCUGUACGCGUUUGAAUUUUAUUUUGGUGUCGUUUGCGUGUCACUGGAAUAUUCCAUAAGAUACGCAUCUAUUCAACUGCGAGCCACGUAUUCUACAAAUUGAAUUUUUAAAACGUUUCACAGUCAGUAUUUAUAUUGGGAACGUGUACGAAUAGCACCGAGAGAGAUGUAUCUCUUAUUACCUUACAUUGUAUGUACCUUAUGUAUAGUAGGUACAAUGUAAGAAAUUAUCUUUAAUUGUAAAACGUGUAAAAUAUAUUAUAUUAAUGGUAACGCGAGUGAAUGACAAGAGACUUUAUAACGACUCAAAGUUUCCUCUUUAAGAAUUCAAGCUGUGACUAGACGAGCGGCCAAUGUAUUUCAUCACUUCAUCAAGAACUUGCACAAAGCCAAUUCUAAUAAAAGUGUUAUCAAGGUGUUGAAUGUUAAUCAUUGCAUAUCUAAGAAAUAUAACAACUCAGCUGCAAGCCUACAGAAAAAAGAAAAAAAAUUGUGAAUUUAUCAAUGAUGAUGAUCGUGACGAGACUUACAUUAGACAUCAGGAGUCUUUAGAUUUUCUAUUUUUUUCUAAGUAACUAACAAAUUAUUCCUGUAAUGAGGAGGAUAAUCAAGAAUUGGCGUAAUGAAUCACGAGAUGACAGAGAGAAAGAAAAGUGUUAAACUCACUCAAAAGGCUUUCCUAGUGCUCAAUGAGGAAUACCUUGGUCAGGGUGGAGAAUUGUCCACUUUAAGAUCCAUUAGCGUUACUAGUACUAAAAAGACACAUGAAAACAUUGCUUAUAUCUCUCAUUUCAUCUAUUCCAAGAAAAUUUUGGCAGCUUUGUUAUUAGUGCCAAUUUUUUAUGGAGUACUCGGGAAGGAUUCGCUGUACGAAUUCAUUCAGAGAUAUGCUCAGGGUACACGUUGUCUAGUCCCCAAUAAUUAUCUGACCUGGGAAUUUACACGACCAGUGUCUAACUGCGACUUCUGCCGAGGUGUCGAUUCGGCUUUAUAUCUCAGGAACAUCAGCAAGGAAGAGUUCUCACGUUAUGCAUACUCCUCGCGACCGAUGGUAGUCCAGGGUGCAGCUAGCCAUUGGCCGGCUAAGCGUGUUUUCAGUCUUCAUUUCUUUAAAAACCUUUACGAGAGUAUCGAAGGGGCUUAUGAAUCCGUUGAAGAGGAAUGUCAAUUUCUUCACUUCAAAAGCGACUUCGCAAAUCUCCGUGAGGUUUUUGCCAUGAGUGAACGUAGAGCAAUAAACCUUGGCGAGGAUCCUUGGUAUGUUGGCUGGAAGAAUUGCCAUCCCCAGGUCCUUGAGAUAAUGAAGAGGUUCUACCACGUGCCACAUUUUUUGCCUGAUGACGCAGAAAUACCACAGACCAACUACGUCUUCCUGGGAUAUGACCAGGGUGCUGUUAUGCACCUUGACUACAUUCCACGUCUCAUGUGGCAAGCUCAAAUCCUCGGCAGCAAAACGUGGACGGUUGCUCCAACUCCAGAGUGUGAUCGUGUCUGCAGGAAGUUCGACUUCUCCGUCGGUUCCGGAGACAUCCUUCUACUGGACACUAGAAUAUGGUAUCACGGUACCUACGUCGAAAAUGGACACCUCAGUUUAACCAUUACCUCGGAGUAUGGCUAGAAUGUUUUUUCUCUUUACACUAAAGAGAUUAACACCGUCCCUCAAUUGUACAUAGAAAUUUUCCUCGAUAGGUCCAUGAUUAUUUGGACAAUCGAGGUAUUAGAUUUUAAGUAAUUUUAAAGAGACCCAUGCAUUUUCGGGACUCUCUUGAACACGUGCUAUUUUUUAAAUUAUACGCGCUAUGCGUGAUUCAAUUUGUACUAUUAGUUGGUUCUGUUUGGACCUUGCGUGAAAGACGCCUGUCUUACGAGUGCAGCAAGAGUCUUUUUACGCGAAGUUUUACCGUUACGAAAUUUCCCAAUAGCGGAAGUAAAAUUUCAUCGAGAAGCGUUGAAAUUUAUUAGAGACAUUCUAUCUGAGUGCCAUUAAGAACUAAGCUACUCGCUACCGAGUGAAUAAUUUUUCCUUUUUUUUUUCUCUAUUUUUUGAUAAUAAUCAUAUCCCUUGGUAGUGAUAUACUUUCACCAAAUUUCCAUUUUUACAUGACUGAAUCGUCUAUCCUAUUCAGGAUUGACUUGGCACUUUGGACGUCUCAAAGUUUUCACUUUUGACGGUCAAAACGACGCGACGUGUCGUUUGGAAACAAAAAAUCAAAAUCGUUGACCUUUGAUUUUAUCCGGGACUUUUGCCACUACAUAUAACAUGCUCUUUGUACACUAUUAAUCUUUAUAUACCAAUUAUCAUUAGUUUUUGAAUAAAAAUGCUUUGUUUUUUAAUCCUAAAAGUCGAUUUUAUAAUUUUUGAAAAUAAACAAUAGAUCGAUACA